UGGCAAGGGCGUGAUGGAAGGGACCUGCUCUGGUGGUUGAGAUCUCUCUGGUAGCCAAAGCUUCCCGAGUGGGAUGGGAUGGGGUGGGGGUGCUUCCCAGCAACAUGGACUGUGUUUCCUCCUCCACCUUCAUGGCAGUUGCAAUCCUGAUCCCAAAAGGAAGAGCGUGGUCUGGGGACACACAUAAUAACAUGUUUCUUCAACGUUUCGCUGCAAUUAGUGUGCCCUGCACCUAAUUCAUUAAUUAAUGCCUGGGAUCAUGGGGUGUUUGGCACGCUGCUCCCCAGCUCGAGGUACCAGUGUUUGCAGGUGGCCACACAGGGAUGGUGUCCCGGGGAGAUGUCCGAGGGUCCUGGUGCUUUCCCUGGGUGUUGGGGGGGGGUCUGAGAGCAGUUUACCCACGGGCUGUCCCCGUUGCAGGAGGAGCUGCGACCUCGGCUGUGCCACAUGAAGAAGGGCCCCGAUGGUUAUGGCUUCAACCUGCACAGUGACAAGAGCCGCCCGGGGCAGUACGUGCGCGCCGUCGACCCCAACUCGCCGGCCGAGGCAGCAGGGCUGGCCCCCCAGGACCGCAUCAUCGAGGUGAACGGUGUGUGCAUGGAGGGCAAGCAGCACAGUGACGUGGUGGCAGCCAUCAAGGCAGGCGGUGAUGAGACCAGGCUGCUGGUGGUGGAUGUCCUCACGGAUGAGUUCUUCAAGAAGUGCAAGGUGGUGCCCUCGGAGCAGCACCUGACAGGUCCCUUGCCAGAACCAGUUGCCAAUGGCGAUAUAGAGAAGGUAAGAGCCUCGUCUUGCUUCUAACCCCGUCCAUGCCCAUCUCCAGGCAGGGACCCUCCUGUUCAGGUGUCCCCAUGGACAGAAUGAUGCCACCAGGGACUGCAGUGCUCCCAGGCUGCCACACAAGAGCUGGUGCCACUGGGAAGGGGACUGGGAACUGGUGUCCCCCAGGAAGGGAGUUGCUUGUGGUGCUGAGUGUAACAGAGAUGGCUGCAAUUGCCUGUGCCUCCUCUCCUUUUGCCUCCUGAUGCUCCAGGGCUAGGAGCCCUUGUGCUGCUGCAGGGAAGUAGCAUCCAGCCCUGCAGCCACCCUCCUCCUCCUGCUCCUGCUAAAGCCAGGGCAGUCGGCCGGGGUUUAAUCCCUCCCCGCCCCAGAUGGGCAGCGCUGGAGUAUUUAUGUGCCUGGAGCUUGCAGGGGAUUACGUGUGGGGAAGGACGGAUUUCGUGGACCCCCGGGUGGGACUUGCAACUCCAGCGGC